GAUAAAAUCUUUCCCGAGAUUAAGCAUGGUUCGAGAACGAAAAUGCAUAUUGUGUCAUAUUGUAUACAACUCAAAAAAGGAGAUGGAGGAACACAUGAGAAGCAUGCUUCACCACAGAGAACUUGAAAACCUGAAGGGAAGGGACAGCAACCACGAGUGCCAGGUGUGCAGGGUGACACUGGUGGGUUUGUCAGCAUACGCCAAGCACAUCUCCAGCCAGCUGCACAAAGACAAUGUUGAUGCCCAUGAUAGAAAAGAGGAAGAGAAAGAAGAGGCAGAAGAAGAAUACCUUGACAAAGAACUCAUUCAGCUCAUCAAGCAAAGGAAGGAACGGAACCGGCAAGCUGAACCAUGCUGUGCAAACCCAGAGUUGGAGUGUGACGAUAGGAGAUCACAGAGAAGGCGAGAAGAAAGAGCCACCUACAAAGAGAGAGAAGCUUAUGAUCAGUCAUCAUGGCAUCAUCAUAACCCAUCACAGAGGGACUGGAAAUGGGAAAAGGACGAUUACAUUAGUCCUAGGCAAGGCAAAUUUUCACAUUCUUCGAGGAACCUUAAUGUAAACAGACAUCCAGGUGGCCCGAGAGGACGCUCUGGGUGGCACCAGAAUAUUUCAGGAAACCCUUCAAAUCGGCAUAACUAUGGGAAUUCUGGAAAUGUUUGGCAUCCGAGUGGGCGAGGAGGAGGAACAUCAAAUUGGCAUCAUAGCACCAGAGGGAGAAAUCCUACCUGGCACUCAGAAGGAACAGGCAAUUUUUCUAGCUGGAAUUCUAAGAGUUAUGGAGGAAAUUGGAAAUCUCAUGGUGCACAUGGCUGGAAUUUUGGAAACCCAGGAGAUGCGUAUUCAUUAGAUGCAAUUAAUUAUAGUAAGGAAAGAUAUACGUGGCAGUGGCAGGAGAAGGGCAACAAUGAUAUUGUGCCAUACAGAGAUCGAAAUAAAAAGCGUGAGUCACUUGAUUUUACUAGUGAUAAACUUCCUUUUGAGGGAGCACUAGAUUUUGGUACUUCUAAACAACCAGAAAACAAAACUUCAAGAACCAGCGGAAAAAGUGGCAGUCCUUCCAGAGAUAAAACAUAUCGCUGGACUCCGUAUCCAUCUCAGAAAGCUGCAGAGCAGCAGUCGUGGUCCGAAGAUAACGUUUCGAAAACUCCAGAAAAAACGGAUUCUGCAUUUAUGCCUCUUACUGAUUCAUCAAUGAAAGUAAAAGCUUGUGGAACCAAUGGAGGCCUCCCAAAACAUAAAAAAAGAGAAGUAUCUUCCCAUUCUAAUGUAAGCCGAGAUUACCUUGAUUCUUGCAAGGUAAAGACAGACUGUUCUAGUGGUGAAAAGCGUGACAAAGAUGAUGGCAAAAGGAAUAAGAUGCCAUCUCUGAAAUCCCCUCUCCUGAAUAUCACAGACAUUAAGUCUUCUCCCCAAAAGCAGGACACAGAAAAUCUCUUAAAAAAUGUCAAGCUUCUGUUAUCCUCAACGAGUGGUGAACAGCAAAAUCAUUUGAAUGCACUGAACUUGGAAACUAAGAGUUUCUCUUCUUAUGCAUCAAAGCUUCACAGCACAUGUGCAGAGGACUUGAAAUGCAGCAGAGAGGUGCCUGGCAGCAAUGCUGGAGAACCUAUUAAUGACCUAGGUGAAAAAAGUGAAGAACUGCAAUCCAACCACUCCUCUCAAAAUCCGCAUUUAGACUCUUCCAAGGAUACAGGCGAUCAGAAUAUGGAAGAAGCUGGGAAAGUGUCUCCUGAGAGCAAGUUCAGACUAGAUUCACUAGAGGAUGUGAGUGAUGAUGAACUAACAGAGAGUGAAAAAUCUGAAGCAAGAGUUGAAAAGCUGAGUUCUUCCAUCAGUUCUUGCUUACCCUGUGAUGCUCCAGAAAAUAAGCCUGCUACAUCUGAAAGGGAAGAUGAGGGAAAACCUGCUGCCUCGGCUAUUGCUUCUGCUGAUCAAAAAGAUUCUGCGUUUCAGAUGGAAUCCACAACAUAUCCAUCAAGCAUCAAGGACCACUUGCAGGUAGAUUUAAAAACCACCCAGGAAGGAGAAGGUGAUGAAGAGCAUGUGAAGCCAAAUGACCACUUUGAAAUGGAAGGCUUUGAAAAUCCUUCAGAUCAGGAGCUGCAGAAGGGAGGAAGCCAGUCCUUAGGCCUCCUUCCUGAUUUAAGCAAACUUGGUCUCCCUGCCUCUCUGCAAAGAGACCUGACACGACACAUUAGUCUGAAGAGUAAAGCUGGGACACAUCUUCCAGAGCCCAACCUCAAUAACGCGCGUCGGAUUCGGAAUGUUAGUGGCCAUCGGAGAAGUGAGACUGAGAAGGAGUCGGGACUUAAGCCCACUCUCAGGCAGAUUCUUAGUGCUUCUCGGAGAAAUGUGAACUGGGAUCAAGUCAUCCAGCAGGUAACCAAGAAGAAACAGGAACUUGGCAAAGGCUUACCAAGGUUUGGCAUAGAAAUGGUGCCUCUUGUUCAAAAUGAGCAGGAGGGCCUGGAACUUGGUGAAGAGUCUGAUCUGUCUGCUCUGGAAGGCUUCCAGUGGGAAGGGGUUUCCUUAGCAGUGCCUGGGUCAGCGAGAAAACGCAGUUUUUCUGAAAGCAGCGUGAUUGUGGACCGAAAUCCCUCUGCUUAUAGCUUCUUCAGUGACCAAGCCAAAACAAAAGAAAGUGAGCAAAGGCAAAUAAUUGCCCCCAGCAACUCACCUCACUUGACCUCUGGCUGUGAAGCAAGUGUUGACGCCGAGACUGACUUCAAACGUGAGACAUCUUCUCUUCCUUUGCCACCAUUUACGCCUGAAAGACCUGAGACUGGUGGACAGUGCCUGCAGGCAUCCCCUGAGGACACAGGCCUCACAAAACAAGAUCAGGAGAGCCCAGAGAAGACGAUACCUCUCACUGAAAAACAAAAUGUACUGGAAAACUCAGGAGAAGAAAAUACUGUGGCUUCAAGUGGUGCCUUGGUUCUUGCAGCAUCUAACAACAUAGAUGCAGCUACAGACAGUAGCUGCACAUCUGGUACAGAGCAGAAUGACAGCCAAGGAAUUGGAAAGAAACGAAGAGCAACAGGAGAGGGAUCCUCUCCUGAAAUCCCCAGUCUAGAAAGAAAGAAUAAAAGAAGAAAAAUUAAAGGUAAAAAAGAGCGCUCGCAGGUGGACCAGUUGUUGGCCAUCUCGCUGAGGGAGGAGGAGCUGAGCAAGUCCCUGCACAGCGUGGACAGCAGCCUCUUGCAGGCUAGGGCUACGCUGCAGGCAGCCUAUGUCGAAGUGCAGCGGUUCCUGGUAUUAAAGCAGCAGAUCACCAUGGAAAUGAGUGCACUAAGAAGUCAGAGAAUCCAGGUCUUGCAGGGGCUACAAGAAACACUUGACCCUUCUGAACAGCCUGAGCAACUUCCCUGCAGCAUCUCUGCUGAACGAAGAAAUAGCAAAUCUCAGAUGGCAACUGACUUAGCUCCUGCAGGCUCCUUCCUGCCCCUUUUGGACACUUUGUCUCCUUCUGUACCUCCGUUGGGAUCAUCUGUCCAUGUAAACUCACCAUUGCCAUUCCAGUCUUCUGCUAGCAUCACACCCACCAUUCCUCCUGACUCCUCCAUACAAGUUAAACGAGAGCCAGUGUCUCCAAAAGUUUCAGAAGAAAAUGUGAAUUCUGUGCUCCAGACUUCUUCAUGUGCUUCACAAGCAGAAAUGGUGGAGCAGAAGGAUGAAGAAAUCAGCCAGAAAACUCCAAUGUAUCCAGUCAUCUCUGCAACUGUAUCCCUGUCAGAGCUGACAGCUUGUUUGCAAGAGAGUAGUCACGGUGUUCGCAAGCCUGCUGCUGGGAGAGGAAAGGCUGGACUCUCUGGGAACUCUUCUCCUUCUCCGUCUGGUUUCAGCAAGAGAGAAGGAAAUGAAAUGGUGCCUGAGAGCUUUUUCCCAGAUCAGUGUAGCACUUCUCUUCCAAAUCAUUCAGCCCUUCUAGAGAUGCCAGUAGGUAAAAACCUCAAGCUGACGGCAGAACUCUGUGAACAACAGACAGCAACCACUCUAACACCAGCAGAAAAGGGGAACAGAAGGAGGAGAAAGUUAAGGAAGAAGAAAACUCUGAGGGCAGUCCAUGUGCCAGAGAACAGUGAUACGGAACAGGAUGUAAUUGACUCUAAGCCCAUCAGGAAAGCCAAGAGUGGAAAGGUCCCUAAAGGGGAAAAGGUAACUACAUCCACUCCUCCAAGACAGGAGGAUGGAGGUCCUGCACAGACAGCAAGAGGCAAGGAUGAGAAUGACAGUGACACUUCCCUGGAACUAGUGGAACUUGCAACCCCUCAGUGUGAGGUGGUUGACAUUGGUUCAUCCGGGUCAGGAGAGGAGAAACCAGACAGCCCAUCUAAGAGGGGUUCAUGCAGCUCCGCUGGCCAGGCAGUCCUGGAGGCAUCUUGCUCUGGUUAUGAUGAAGUGAGCUCCACCAGUGAGAUUGGCACAAAUUAUAGGGAUGAUGUGAAAAAAAGUGUGGCUGAGACACAGACUUCCAUAUCAUCACUAAGAGGCUCAAAGAACUCUUCCGAAGUGUCUUCAGAGCCAGGUGAGGAUGAAGAACCUACAGAGGGGAGCUUUGAAGGACACCUGGCUGCAGUGAAUGCUAUUCAGAUUUUUGGGAAUUUGUUAUACACCUGCUCAGCAGACAAAACUGUUUGUGCCUACAAUCUGGUUAGCAGGAAGUGUGUAGCCAUCUUUGAAGGACACACUUCCAAAGUGAACUGCCUGCUAGUCACUCAGACAAAUGGGAAGAAUGCCGUGCUCUACACUGGCUCAAGUGACCACACUAUCAACUGUUACAAUAUCAAGACCAAGGAGUGCAUGGAACAGUUUAAACUGGAAGAUCGAGUGCUCUGUUUACACAGUAGAUGGCGGAUCCUUUAUGCUGGCCUUGCAAAUGGCAGCGUGGUUACUUUCAGCAUAAAG